AUUCUCCAUAUAUUAUUUGAAGAUCAUUUUUUUCCCUCUAUCUUUGAUUUGAAUAUCUAUAUUUCAUUAGAGGUUUUUAUGAUUAUAUUUUCUUAGUAACACCUGGUUGUGUUUAUUAAGGUAAAACAUGUUUUCAUGACAUGAUAUUUGCAUAUAUGCAACAAAAACCAACAAAAAAACAAUUAAACACACACCUAGAGAAGUACAUAGAGACACCCUUUAAGGCAUGCUUUUACUACUGAACUACUACAGAAGUGGCCCUCUAUUUUAUUUGUAGUUUUGUACCUUACCCUUUUCAAGAAUUGAUUAAAUGAUUCUUUUUUUCUCAUAGGAUUCUUCUAUCACACACCAAAUCUCAAAAAACUCUUCAUUUUUCUAUUGCUUUUGGAUUUGUAGAAUUGAUAUUAUCUAACAUGUAUAAUCAGAUUUCUUCACCUUCUUCUCAAAGGACUAAUUCACCAAAUAUAAACAUGAGAAGCAAUUUUGAUGCUGAAAGUCAGUACUUAAUGGAGCUUUUAUCAGAACAUCAGAAACUUGGACCUUUCAUGCAAGUCUUACCCUUGUGUAGCAGACUCCUCAAUCAAGAGAUUUUGAGGGUUUCUGGAAAGAAUGGAUUGUUACAGAAUCAUCAAGGGUUUAAUGAUUUUGAUAGAAUGCAAUUUAUGAACCAAAGUCAUAUGGCUUCUUCAGAUUUGAAACCAAACUUCACUGGCUGGAAUAGCCUGUCACAUGAUAUGUUAGCUGAAGUGAAGGGACUGAACAUGGAUUGGCAAACAGCACCAGUUGUUCCAAAUUCUCACAUUGUGAAGAAGAUAUUGCGCUUAGAUAUUCCUAAGGAUGGCUAUCCAAAUUUUAAUUUUGUUGGGAGGCUUCUUGGCCCUAGGGGUAAUUCACUGAAGCGUGUAGAGGCUACCACAGGUUGCCGCGUAUAUAUUAGAGGGAAAGGUUCAAUUAAAGACCUAGACAAGGAAGAAUUGUUAAGGGGAAGGCCAGGCUAUGAGCACCUGAGUGAUGAACUUCACAUCUUAAUUGAAGCUGAACUACCUGCUAAUAUUGUCGAUGUAAGGUUGAGGCACGCACAAGAAAUCAUAGAAGAGCUACUUAAGCCUGUGGAUGAGUCACAGGACCUUUACAAGAGGCAACAACUAAGAGAACUUGCUAUGCUCAAUUCCAACUUCAGAGAAGAGAGCCCUCAACUGAGUGGCAGUGUCUCUCCAUUCACUUCCAAUGAAAUAAAAAGGCCCAAAACUGAGCAAUAAUAGUUAAUCAUAUGCUGAUGAUUAUUGCACUUUAUGUUGCUUCCUUUAACUAGAUUCUUUAAAGCUAUACCGAGAAGACCUUGUUUAUAUAAUUCUGAUUUGAAUUAAUAAGGAAGAAAAAUAAUGAGGAAAAACAUAUUCAUUGUUAGUCUAUUGCAUUGGUAGACUUUCAAAAACUAGCAGAUUUCUUGCUGAAAUAUUUUGACCUGUUUACCAAUCUA